UUAAGGAGUUAUAUUGCUGGUAGCUCUGAAAUUUUUGAUCCUUUGUUGUUAAAAUUAUCAGAUUUUGGUUGAGGCCUGUGUCGUGUCGUGUCGUGCCGUGCCGUGCCAGACAUGGCGGGCGCCUCGGUGCCUGGCUACCAUGCAUUCUGGACAGAGAAAAGAGCCUCACUACAGGCAGAGUGCAAGGAAAACGUGAAGCAAUAUCCUGCAGCAGAUGAACACUACAGGAGACUGUUUAAAAUCAUUUGUGAUAUUGAGGAUGUGGCCAGCUUCACACCAGCCACAAUUGGAGAAAGUGUUGAGUGGGCGGCAAUAAUAAAUGCCGCUGAAGAAAGCAGAGAGGGCUAUUGCAAGGCUCUCAAGGGCAAGAUUUUGUUCAGUGCUCUGUACGGAACCUACACAGUUACACUGAACGAUCUGAAGUCCCUAGUGAAAGCCAGAACAUCGGAGGCAACAAAAACCCAGACGAAGCCCUCCCAAGAGGAAGACUUCAAAGAGGUCCGAAGGCGGAAACGGCAGAGCACAACCGAGUCCGCCCCGACUUCAAAGAAGGCAGCGGCUGCCACAGGCAACACCCAAACCAAAGAGGUGCCUACCCGCAACUACUUUGCUCCUCUCAGGGUGACGACAAUGGACACCGACUCUGCUGGUGACGGAGCCACUGCGCUGGAGGAGGGAUCCACUACUCUGGAGGUGGAUACAUCAGGGAGAGCAGGCAGGCCACCCCCAAUAAUUAUAACGACCACAGUGAACCUCAUUCACUUACAAAAGCAACUUAAAAAUGUGGUCAGUGGUGACUUUGAGUUCCGUAAUACCAAAAGCGGGACCAGAGUCAUCACCAAAAGUAUGGCGGAUUUCGAAGCCGUCAAGUCCUAUCUCUCAAACAACAAACUUUCCUAUUUUACCUUCUUUCCGAAGACCCUAAAACCCAUUAAGGCUGUGUUCAAGCUGACAGAGUGA